GCGACAGUAGGUGGAGCAAAUAGCCUCAGUGGUUGUGAGCUUCCGGAAGGAAGAAAGGAGUCGUUGGGCGCUGACUAGGGUUUGGUUGCUCCGCACAGGUGAGAGAGGUGCGGAGCAACCUCACCAGAAUAAACCCCACCAGUUUGCCUGCCUGCGGACGAGGCAGGAUGCAGAGCGUCAUCAACACUGUGAAAGGGAAGGCGCUGGAAGUGGCCGAGUACCUGACGCCGGUGCUGAAGGAAUCCAAGUUUAAAGAAACUGGAGUAAUCACUCCUGAAGAGUUUGUAGCUGCUGGAGACCAUUUAGUUCACCACUGUCCUACUUGGCAAUGGAGUACAGGUGAAGAAUUAAAGGUCAAGGCAUAUCUCCCAACAGACAAACAGUUUUUGGUCACUAAAAAUGUGCCAUGCUACAAACGAUGUAAACAGAUGGAAUAUUCAGAUGAACUGGAAGCUAUUAUAGAAGAAGAUGAUGGUGAUGGAGGAUGGGUAGACACGUUUCACAAUGCAGGUGUUACAGGAGUGAUGGAAUCUGUUAAGGAGAUCACACUGGAAAGCAAGGAUAGCAUAAAGUUGCCAGAUUGCUCAGGAUCCUGUGAAGAUGAGGAGGAGGAGGAGGGAGAGGCAGCUGAUAUGGAAGAAUAUGAAGAGAGUGGACUGUUAGAGACUGAUGAGGCAACUCUGGAUACAAGGAAAAUAGUGGAAGCUGCCAAGGCUAAAGCUGAUGUUGGAGAGGAAGAAGCUAUUCUUCAAACCAGGACAUACGACCUUUAUAUUACAUAUGACAAAUACUACCAGACCCCAAGACUUUGGUUGUUUGGCUAUGAUGAGCAACGCCAGCCACUAACUGUAGAACACAUGUAUGAAGACAUUAGUCAAGAUCAUGUAAAAAAAACGGUGACUAUUGAAAACCAUCCCCACCUUCCUCCACCUCCAAUGUGUUCAGUUCACCCAUGCAGGCACGCAGAAGUGAUGAAGAAAAUAAUUGAAACUGUGGCAGAAGGUGGCGGAGAACUUGGAGUCCACAUGUACCUUCUAAUUUUUUUGAAAUUUGUACAAGCAGUCAUUCCGACAAUAGAGUAUGACUACACGAGACACUUUACAAUGUAAUUGGGGGGAGCGGGGAGGGAGAGAGAACAUUUAUGCUAAUUAUUGACCCUGAUUUUUAAAACAACCCAUAUGUGACUGACUUGUUUAUCCACCAUUGUAUACAAUUUCUGUAAUGUACCACUUCUAUCAAGUUGAUGCAUCAAAAUAAAAUUCCACUAUCAGCCUUACUUUUUAAUAAAGACCUUUAUGUGUAAAAAAAA